UCGACGUCUUGUGACUCCUCGGUUGUGUCUGUAUCAGUGUGUUUGUGUGCUGCAGGCCUGUUGCCGUUGCUGUGUGUGUGUGUGUGUGUGUGUGUGUGUGUGUGUGUGUGAGAGAGAGAGAGAGAGAGAGAGAGAGAGAGAGGAAGAAAAGUGGGAUCUGUGCGUUACACACUCGGGGAAUUUUAGCCACUGCACGGAUAGCUGCUCUGCCCACUCAAAGUGUGAGAUGAAACGACUUCAGCAAAAGGUGGAUUUUUUUCUAACCCUGUUUACUAAUCUUUACAAGGGGUGAACAAUUCUGAGUGCCAGUCCAAGUGAAUUGUGAUCUUCUGCGUGAUGCUGUUCAGCCGAGAAUCUUGUCACCAUCCGGACCCCUCGUUCUCCCCAUCAGCCCAUGUGACCUAAUUUUGGCCCCUCAGGCCUGGGGGAGACCCCAUGAAUCCCAGCCUCCCCCCAAAAAAGCGCGAGUCCCGGCAAGGUUCGUCGGAACAGCGCCCCCCGGAGGACGAGUUCAAAUACCCAGCGCUGCUUCGACACCGGAGACACCACAUUUCCGAAGGGCAGGAGAAUGAACCACGCGGUGAUAAAGAACUCCUUCCACCUCCUCCUCCACCCCCACUUCCACACCUUCCCAUCCCCUUAUCAUGGCAGCUGCCCUACCACUCAACCCUUCACCACCCAUACCUUUCUGGCCAGGUGAGAGAAAGACGUGGCUCAGGUUCACCUUCCUGGAGAGAUGGAUCAAGUGGACGAAGGUCAGAAGGUGAAACAGAACUGCCAAUUCCUCACCACUCUCGUUGGCUACGAGGAGAAAUCAAUUCCCUUGGUUUGCAUCCGUCCAUAUCGAUGCCUACAUACAAGGGCAAUUAUGCAGUUGAUUCCAGGGACAUGUGGCCCUACUUCAGCCCUACACGGCGAGACUAUGCCUCUUCCCUCUUCCCUUCAUCAUCUUCCUCACACCUUUUCCCACAAACAUCAUUCUACCACAAUGAUUUUCUCUCAGAAAGCAGGCUCAGGUACUCAAGCAGGCGACCCAAUGGUCUUGAUGGACAUGGCAUUAGAUCAGAAUCCAGUGGGAGAGUGGAAAGUGGGAAUGACUCUCAACCCAGAGUUGGUGGUUCCCACUCCAAUGGAAGGAAGAGGAAUCAAGAAGAUCUGGUAGGGCGCGAUACAAGGAGAGUAUCCCCAUCCCAGGCGGGUCCUAAUGCACAUUCCUUCCAUCACAAUACAGACAGGGACUCUCUGGCAAUCCUAAAACCUCCAACUCCCCACACUUACACCUCUGAAAUACGAACGACAAAGGCUCCUCAAGAACCUUCCAUUGGAAGUACCUCCCAGUCAGGAGCUCAGAUCUACUAUGCCCUGGGGUCUGUGUACUCCUCGGUUCACCACAACCCUCAGGCAUAUCCCAGUUUUAAUCCCUCAGGUCCUCCUCCUUCCCCUCUGAGGAACUCCCAGCACUCCCCUCAUGGUCAGCACAACAACCAUGGGGUCCAUCAGGAGCGAGAACUUUCACCAGGAUCCUAUCGACCCUCUGUUUCAGUCCUCAGUGGUCCUGACCCACCAACAAGUGCAGUCCUACCUCAUUUUGCCAAGGGUUCCCUUAUUGAGUUGGCCGGUGGCCGUCUGAAAAGGGUGGAAGAGUUACAGACAGAGGAUUUCCUGCACAGUGCUGACACCACACCUGAGUUCCACCUGAGUACCUGCACCAUCCUACUCAUUUCACCUGGACCCACUGAUGGCUUCAAUCAUCUGCAGGUUUUGCUUGCUGACCGCAACACUCAGGAAUUGCUCACAGUUUUGGAGGAGUAUCCAUUUUUUGUGCGAGACAGAGGCUGGUCUUCAUGCAGUCCUCAGAGGAGCGCCGAGCUCUAUGGCCUCCACUGCCGCCAACUCAGUCCAGGAGACAUCUGCCUGGCUUUGACCCCUACACCAACCUCAUCACCCCCCAGAACAACAACCUUGACACCAAUGCCCAACUCACUGACCCCAGUGACCACCUUAGCCUCCUCAGUGACCUCAACGAUGACCUCAUUGACCCCAUCGUUGACCUUGUUACCCCCGCAGACAACCUCAUCAAUUCCGACGCCCACCUUGCUGCAACAACACUCAUGCAGUCGCACUUCUGCAGGAUCAGAGACCAGCAUGCACAGAUCUGACAGAACGGCUCCGCCCCUUGCCCCGUUGCUUCCGUCUGAUUCCCGGCAGGAGAUCCAGGAUAAGCCACGCUCCCGAAAGAGACGCUGGUCUGCCCCUGAUUUGCAUGAAGGAAAUAGGAGCUGCACAGAUUUACCUCAAGGAUGUAAACGAAUGAGACAGCAGGGACGCCACAGCAGAUCAUCCAUUUCCAUCUCAUCCUGUCCAACCAAUCCAUAUGGAAAUCCAAUUUAUGAGCUGCAUAUUUGAUUUGAUGUAGGUUUUACACCCGAUGCCCUUCCUGACGCAGCCCUCCCCAGUCUAUCCAAACUUGGAACCGGCACUAAGAACACACUGACUUGUGCAACCCCAGUAGCUGGGUUCUACAGCAUCAUUUAAUACACAACUGUCCUCAAAUCUCAAAUGUACUGUCAUUAGCCAACAAAACCUAAUUUUCUUUCACUGAAAUUAUGUGCAUCUUUAAUCAGUGUCAGAUAUUAUAAAUUAAUUUAUAUCACAGCAAUUUCUCUAUUCUGAUUGGUCAGAAGGUGUUGAUUAAGUUUCUGUUUUCCAACAGCAGCUCUGACAAAAGUAUUGCUACAAAUCACAGCUUAUGUUAUGCUAAUAAUGUACAUCUUUGUAUUUCUGAAAAAUAUAUAUACUUUAUACACAUUGCAAAAUGAUAAUUGUUGCCAAUUUGCUGUGGUUGAAGAGAAAUAAAACACUUUGUGACAUGAUGUUAUUGGAAAAUAACAAACUUCAAGAUGGUAGCAGAACUCCACUUUAUCACACCACCAUAUUGCUGAUUAAUUUCCUCCAGCAAAAUGCCUCAUUAUGAUUUAUUCCUUAGGCCCUGUUCACACUACAGCUCGCGAUGGGUUUGCGAAUACUUGGUGAUGAAAAAUCGGUAGCAUUGCCCCCAAUCCGUUGCUGAUGGUGAAUGUUCUCUGAGCUCUGCAAGUUGUUUUUUGAUGCGUCUCCAUCUCAUGAGUGGCCAAAAACAUCACAAAAAAUUUCUAUGCAUGCACUGAAAUUUGGUGGCGAUGGUUUCAUUGGCAAACUAAGUGGUGAAUACUCACAGAUGGGUUUGGGAAUACUUCCUGAAGCUCAGGGAACUUUCACUGAGCUUCUUCAGAUGUAUUUGUCUUGAAUCCAUAUCCCCAGUGCUCGUGGGAGCCUCAGCGACACAGCAGUGAGGUGGAGCCUAACCUUCACUGAGACUUGAAAAGUGCAUUUCCAUUCAGCGAUGCUUUGCUGAGGUUCAUAAUUGGUUGGGCGAAGGGUUCACGAAUAUUCAGCAAAUCUUUGGCAAUUGUGAAACAACACAUUUAUGAUCGUUGCUGAUUGGUUGGUGCUGAUGUUAUGCAUUGCUGAAAUAUAGUGAGCAAGGCAUCGGUGAUCAUUCUCCUGCCAAACGCUGAUACGUACAAAACUCUCAAGCACGCCUCCUAGGAAAAACACCAGGUCUCCUCAAAAGAAAAGGGCCAAGUGCUCGCCUGCUGUGUGACCACAACUUUUAGCUCAUCUGUACAAAGUACACAUCGCCAUACAUCGCCACCAAAUCGCCUCAUUUUCAUUGAUAACCCAUCACAAAGCAUCGUGAGCUGAGGUGUGACUGUAGCCUUACAUAGCAUGACUACAUUUUGAAAAAGAAAUCCAAAAAAGAUUAAAAUUACUACAAUUUAAAAGCUGAAUGAAGUAUAACUAAUAAUGCUGCAUGCUUUAUGCAUUAAAAGAUUCCCCAAUCUCUUGUCCUAUUGGUGGCCAGUGGUGGCUUUGAAAGAACUACAGUGGGAAAAGCACUUGAAUCAGAUGGUGUAUUUAAAAAUGUGUUUGGAAUUCCUUGAAAGUUUGGUGCCAUUAUAAAGUGUGAAUACAAAGUCUAAUUCAAGAAAUGAUAAAACAAUAAUCAUAAAAAUGUAAAAUUAUCAGGUGGGCCCACCUUAUCACAUUGUACCAGAACCUGCCAUUUCUGCCAUAAGAAAGUAAACUAAUGUAAAAAAAAAAAAAAUCAAUGCAUUGAGGUUAAUAAGUGAUGAAGUACGAACACUUCUUGGUAGCAUACUGAGACAUUUGCACAGAGAGUUCAGAGAGUCAUGUGAGGACUUGAACUCAAACUGAUCAAUCGUGACCUCAUGGUUACUCUGGAAGAGCCAUAUGUGUUUUUGUGUUAUUGGUUAAAACGGGUUUGGAAGGAAGGAGAGAAAGGAAAAAAAACACCACCACCACCACCAACAACAACAACAACAAGGCAAUGCUAGUGAUGCACAGUCAGACUUUGUGUCUUUUGAGACAAUCAAACUCGCCUGUCACUGACGCCACGUCUGUUUCGGUGUAUUUUUUCUGCAGGGUCUCUUUUCAGUCAGUAUUAUAAAGGAAAUAAUAUUGAAUGGAAAAAAAAUGACUAUAUGAUUAUAUGAAUAGUUAUAUAUUAUACAGGUGUUACAUAUGAAUAUGCUAAAAAAAUACAACAAAUAUGAUGACAAAUGUUAAUGGUUACUUUUUUUUUGCAAUGCAAUUUUAUUUUGCUUCUAAACUGAGCUUUGGCUCUCGAGGUGAAUGUACACAGAUUUUAGCUUCGCAAUACGAGGUCCAAAUGUGAAAUCAUCUCAGCAUUAUGCUCCAAUGUGUGGGUAAAAAUGGAAAAGACACUAAAGGAGGAAAGAAAGAAAAAAGAA